AUGUUUUCAUCAUUUGGUUCAACCAUGUUUGGUUCAUUCAAUUCUAGUAAUAAAUUUGAAGAAUUUUUCAGAUGCUAUCCGAUUUCAAUGAUGCCUGAUUUAAUUAGAAAAGAUGAUUCAAAUUUUGGUGGUAAAAUCUUUUUACCACAAUCUUCGUUAAAUAAAUUAACAAUGUUGCAUAUUAGAUAUCCGAUGUUAUUUGAGAUAAAGAAUGAAUCGAAUGGUAAGUUCACUCAUUCUGGAGUUUUAGAAUUUACUGCUGAAGAAGGUAGAUGUUAUCUACCACAAUGGAUGAUGAAUACGUUAAAUUUGAACCCUGGAAAUUUAAUUAAAAUUAAUAAUUGUGAUUUACCUUUAGGUAAAUUUGUUAAAAUUGAACCACAAAGUGUCGAUUUUCUAGAUAUUUCAGAUCCAAAAGCUGUUUUGGAAAAUGUAUUACGAAAAUUUUCAACAUUAACAGUUGAUGAUAUAAUUGAAAUUAAUUAUAAUGAUCAAAUUUAUGGUAUUAAAAUAUUAGAAGCAAAACCAAGUAAUGGUAUAUGUGUAGUUGAAACUGAUUUAGAAACUGAUUUUGCUCCACCGGUUGGAUAUGUUGAACCAGAAUAUAAACCAAAGAAGAAAGAAAUUAAUAAACUGUCAGGUGCUGGGACAAUGGCAAAAUCAAUAGAAUAUGCAAAAAUCGCAUCAAAUGAGGGAAAUAAAUUAUCAGGAAAGAUAGAAUAUAAUAUAAAUGAUUUAUCAAAAGAUGCACCACCAAAGAAAUUAGAAUUACCUGAAGGUCAAUUAUUCUUUGGGUUCCCAAUAAUACCAAUAGAAAAGGAAGAAGUUGAAAAAGAAGAUGCUCCUAAAUUUACAGGAUCUGGUCAAUCAUUAAGAACAAAGAAACGAAAAAGUCAAAAUCCAUUUCCACCAUUAAAAAAUCAUUCAAGAAGUCCCGACGACGUUAUUGAAAUUGAUUAA